AGAGGUGGAAGCCGAAGCAUGUAUCUCUGGCUGCUCCUGCUCUUCGGAACAGCGAUCUGCUCCCCGAAUCAGACACCGCUUUAUGGGGUCAUCACUUCCCCCAAUUACCCCGACUCCUACCCCAACAACAACCAAACCUACUGGGACAUCGCUGUUCCCGAGGGCUACCGUAUCUCACUCAACUUCUUGGUGUUUGACAUCGAACCCUCUGAGAAUUGUAAUUAUGAUUUUGUUAAGGUCUUUGCCGAUAAUGAGGAGUUGGGGCGGUUCUGUGGUUCCGUAACGUCGAGACGCCAUCCCGGUCACCGCCAUUUUGUGUCCCAAGGGGAUCGGAUGAGAGUUGAAUUUCAAUCGGAUUUCUCCAACGAAGACGACGGCGCCGUCAUCCAUUACAAAGGUUUCCAAGCCUACUACCAGGCUCUAGACAGGAAUGAGUGUGUAAACCCGGGCAAUAGCGUCACGUGGACCCCACCGUGCCAGCACACUUGUCACAAUUACGUUGGGGGGUAUUUCUGUUCUUGCUUCCGGGGAUACCAGCUGCAAAGUGACGGGAAGACGUGCAAAGCGGAGUGUAGCCGAGAGGUCUUCACUGAGGAAACGGGAUAUAUCUUCAGCCCGGGAUACCCCAAGCCGUAUCCCCCUGACUUAAACUGCAACUACAGUAUUCGCCUGGAGAAAGGUCUACUUAUCUCCCUCAGCUUCCAGGGCGUCUUUGAGAUUGAUGACCAUCCAAAGGCCCUCUGUCCCUAUGACACUCUGAAGGUCUUUGCAGACGGGAAGAUCCUAAAAACAUUUUGCGGCCGUCAAUCCCCGGGAUCUCUGAAAACAAGGAGUAACAGUGUGGACGUCGUGUUUGAAACGGAUGACUCUGGAGACAGCAAAGGAUGGAAGCUCUGGUACUCCUCCGAGGCUAUCCAGUGCCCGAUUCCUGUCCCACGGGAUGAAUUCACCAUUAUUAGCCCCAUGCAGAAGGAGUAUCGGAUGCGAGACUACAUUGUGGUGACCUGCCAGACGGGAUACAAACUCAUGGAGGGUGACGUGGAGCAGCGUGGAUUCACAUCGCUUUGCCAGAGAGAUGGCACCUGGCAUCGAGCUAUCCCACGCUGCGAAAUUGUGAGAUGUAAAGAGCCGGAAAUUCUCAUCAAUGGAGAACUGACCUACCUGACCGCCCCGGGGAGCUUGACGUACCUUUCAGUCAUCACCUAUACCUGCAAUGCCCCGUUCUACAGCAUGGUGACGGCCACAGGCAGUGCAAAGUUCACGUGUUCGGCACAACAUGUGUGGAAGGAUGAAAAUGGGGGUGCGCAGCUUCCACGGUGCAUCCCAGUGUGCGGCCAGCCGUGGGACCCCGUGACCAGUAACGUUUCCAGAGGCCGCAUCAUUUCCGGCAAACCGGCUAGAAUCGGGAACUUUCCAUGGCAGAUCCUUCUGACAAAAUAUGGCCGCUCCGGGGCGGCACUCAUCGGGGAGCACUGGGUACUGACCGCCGCGCAUGUACUCAGGGACAGGUAUUCGAACGCUCCUGCUGAGGACGACCCUUCCAGCGUCAAGGUCUACAUGGGUGGAGUUGACGUGGACGAAAUAAUUAAACUGGGUUAUCACGAGGUCGAGGGGUACCACGUGCACCCCGACUACAACCCCAAAAACUUCGACAAUGACAUUGCUCUGGUGCGACUGCGCUACCCUGUGGUCAUGAACCAGAACGUGGCCCCCAUCUGUCUGCCAGAACCGGGGAAGGAUUUCAUCUACGCGGACUCCAGGAAGGGCUACGUGAGCGGGUACGGCGAGACCGAAAACCAAACCAUCUCCACCAACCUACGUUAUGUGGCUGUGCCGAUGGUGGGAAGGCACAGGUGCCAAGCGUACUUGGACAAGCACAAGAAGGAAAAUCCCGACAAUGUCUUCACGGAGAACAUGUUCUGCGCCGGGUACCCGGAAGGUGGGGAUUCGUGCCAAGGGGACAGCGGAGGGGCACACGUGGCGCAGGACCAAAAGGGCACCUGGGUGGCCGCGGGGAUCGUCUCGUGGGGGAUCGGCUGCGGCCACGGCUUUGGGUUCUACACCAAAGUCAGUAACUACAUCGACUGGAUUCUUGGUUACACGGGCAAAUAAUGGCAACGGAGAGGC